AUGGAGAUGCGGAUGUUGAGGUGGACGAUAGGUGUAACGCUAAAAGAGAAAGUAUCCAACGACACUGUACGUUCCAUUUUCGGCGUCGUCCCGAUAACUGAGAAGAUGAAGGAGGCGCGACUGAGAUUGUUUGGUCACGUCUUGCGGCGGGAGGAAGAUUCUGUUGCCAAAACCGCUCUGAAGCUCGACGUUUCAGGAGUGAGGCCGUGUGGGAGGCCAAAGAUUCGCUGGUUAGACCGUGUGAAGCUGAAUAUGAUAGAUGCACGUUUGUGUACGGCUGAUGCAAUGGAUAGAACCUAA